AUGCCACACACAUUCGACAAUUUGGACGAACUUUUGGAACGACCGAGUUCGAUCGAUCCGUCAACCCAGCCUGCAAACCCCCACGAUCAGAUUGUCGUUGAGAGCGUCAAGAUGGCCAAAUCCAAGAACUCGUCUCAACACAACCAAGCCAAGAAGGCUCACAAGAACGGGAUCAAGAAGCCCAAGACCUUCAGAUACCCAUCCCUCAAAGGCACGGAUCCCAAGUUCCGAAGAAAUCACAAGCACGCCCUGCACGGAACGAUGAAGGCGCUCAAGGAGGUUCGGGAGGGCAAGAGAGACGCUGCAUAA